GGCAGGAGAUAUGCUACUCUCAACGUUAAAAGGCGUUUUGGUUUUCCUCCCUUUGAUAUGGCAGUCUCUUAUGUUUGAAGGCACUACAGGAGUUGAAAGAGGCAAAAUUGGCAUAAAUCUCGUGGGAAAUAAUGAUUUCCAGUGCAAGCGUGUCUCAUUCAGCAACAGCUUCUCCGAUGGAUCGCCCGUUCGUCUAUUUGUUUCGAUUAACCACGGAAACGAGUCCCACGUUGUCCAUGAUCCAGCGUUUAUUUGGGUGGAGGAAGUCACGACAAAUGACUUCAAAGCUUGCCUCGUAAAAGGUGGCCGAGGCAUCGAGAGCAACUCCACUACCAUCGAUUGGUUUGCAUUUCAGGGUUCCCAGUCAGGAGUACAUCAUGGAGAGGCUAGUUUUAGCAUAUUUACUACUGGUACAAAAUGCAAGCAGGUUGCAUUUGCUCAGGCCUUUUCCUCGCUUCCUAAAGUUCACGUCACUAUGAAGCAUGGAACUCCAAACCAAAUGCAGGACGCCAUGAAUGUUUGGAUCGAGCACGUUUCAACAACUCGGUUUGAAGUUUGUUUGCAAGAAUGGAGGAAAUUUGAUGGACCGCAUAGCAAUCUAUCUGUGAGCUGGAUGGCGUACCAAGGUGACUAUCCAUCAUCAUGGCAAGUGAAAGUAUCGUCAGAGGUCAUGUUCUCUGAGAAUGAUGGACUAACUUUUGAAACCAAUUUUGCCCUGUGCAAGAAUGUGCGCUUUCCAAGUCCAUACUACGCCCCACCAUUAGUACUCGCUACUGCUUUCAAUUGUGACUCAAACAAUGCUGACCCAGUGUGUACACAGGAAACUCCUCUGAGUGUUUGGUUGGAGGAGGUGACGACCUUCCACUUUCGCGUAUGCAUAAUAGAUGACAUUGGUUAUGGUGGCCCGCGACGCAAUGUGACUGUAAAUUACUUGGUCAUCGGAGAUCUUCAUCCUUGCAUAGAUAUAGAGUGCGAGAAAUUUGCUCAUUGUGUGGCAAUAUCUCCACACGAAUACACUUGCCGAUGUAACACAAGCUGCCCUUCUUAUGAAGAACAGGUCUGUGCUUCUAAUGGCAGAACAUUCUCCAACUUGUGCCUUCUAAAUAAAGAAAUAUGUGAUACAGAUGCAAACUUUACCAUCUAUCAUCCAGGAAGCUGUACAGGUUUUCCGUUUCAGACAGGGAGACACAAAUUCCAGAACAUUCCAAUUUGGGCAGAGGAUCAGUGCGAGACUUUUAACUUUCAGCGGUUCGUGUUCUACCCACACAGUAAAAUACACGUGCAACUCACAGUUAACCAUGUCAAUUAUUCGGAUGCUUCUUUUGUUCACGAAGCUGUUACAGCUUGGGUUGAAAGCGUUAACACCACUCAGUUUACAGCCUGUGUCACUCGAGCAGGAAGAAAUGACUACCCUGCAGACAGUUUUGCUUCGGUUGAUUGGAUUGCAUAUCAAGGUGCUCCCACAGGAGGAAUUUCUGGUGAAGAAUUAUUUCCCACUUGGUGGACUGGGACUAUUUGUCAGACUGUUACUAUUCCCAGUGGAACAUAUUCCAAUCCACCAACGGUAUUUGUGACAGCUAAACACCACAGGAAGGGUCUGAAGCAUGAUGCUGCGAGUGUUUGGCUUGAAGACGUAUCAGCAGCCUCCUUCAAAAUCUGCUUGAGGGAGCUUCAAAACUUCGCUGGUGUUCAUGAAGAAAUUUCAGUUGACUGGUUAACAUUUGAUCGCCCUCCGGAACCUCUGAUUACAGAGCAUAAUGAUGAAUAUUUCCCAAAUAACGGCCCACCUCCAAGGAGUCAUAACUUUGCCUUCUGUCAGGACAUGGAAUUUACUCAGAACUACACCAAACCGCCGAUAGUUCUGCUUACUGCAAAACAUUCUACCAGUGGACAAGACUCUGCCGCUGCAGAAUGCAAUGGAAUCGAAAGUUGGGUAGAGUUUAUUACCAACACAAGUUUUAGAAUGUGUGUCAAAGAACUUUUCAUUCAACGCUUUGAUCCUCUUACCGUAUCGUACGCAGUGUUGCCAGACAUAUGUCAGGACGAUUGGACGUAUUACAAUGGGUAUUGCUAUAGAAAAGUCUUGUCUUGUGACUCGUGGGAAAAUAGUCAGGAGACAUGUGCUUCCCUGGACGCAAAUCUUCCCAGCAUACACAGCCAAGAAGAAAACGUAUUUGUUCAAAGUCUACACGGCAGUACACAAUCGUGGCUGGGUCUGUCUGAUAAUUUCACCGAAGGUUCGUUCGUCUGGAGCGAUGAGACCCCUUUAGACUUCCAUUACUGGGCAGAAGGACAACCAAACAAUUUGCACAACCAAGACUGUGUUCACACUCUUGGUUUCUUUAAUGAGUUUACUUGGAAUGACGUAAAUUGUACAGACUGCCACGGAUUCACUUGUAAGAGAGAUUACAAUGAGUGCCAAUAUUUCGCUGACUCCUGUCCAGCAGGUGCGACUUGCGUGAACAGCUAUGGUUCCUUCACUUGUGUAUGCCCCACUGGAUAUACCUUCGAAGAGGGAGACUGUCUAGAUGUAGACGAGUGUCAGUCAGGUUUGUUUUCCUGCCAUGCACAAGCCCAAUGUGUGAAUACUCAAGGAUCGUACGAAUGUAGAUGCUUACCUGGUUAUGCAGGGGAUGGCAUUCUUACAUGUGCAGACGUGGACGAGUGUCAGUCAGGAUCUCAUUCCUGUCAUGCACAAGCUCAGUGCGUGAACAUACAAGGCUCCUACGAAUGUAGAUGUUUAUCCGGAUAUUUGGGGGAUGGUCGUGCCACAUGUGCAGACAUAAACGAGUGUCGACUUGGAUCAUAUUCCUGUCAUUCAAAUGCCAGGUGCAUCAAUACACAAGGCUCUUACGAUUGUGAAUGUGUACGUGGAUAUUCAGGAGAUGGUCUAUACACAUGCUCAGAUGUGGACGAGUGUCAAACGGGAUCAUAUUCAUGCCAUUCAAACACUCAGUGUGUGAACACAAUUGGCUCAUAUGACUGCAGGUGUUUGCCUGGAUAUCAUAGGAAUGGACGGGGUUAUUGCCGUAGAGAGGACGCACCCAUCCGUUUAGUGGGCGGAGGACUUGAUAACUACGGCCGCGUAGAAAUUUACCACAACGGGCGGUGGGGUACAGUUUGCGAUGAUCACUGGACAAUGAACGAAGCCAACGUGGUUUGUCGUCAACUUGGUUAUCCUGGUGCACGCCAGGCUCUUCGCAGCGCUGCAUACGGUGAGGGGUCUGGUCCAAUCUGGAUGGAUGAUGUUCACUGCCAAGGUAGAGAGGCAUUUUUAUCUCAUUGCAGAAGCAAUGAUUGGGAAAACCAUAACUGUAACCAUAGAGAGGAUGCUAGUGUGAAGUGUAUAGCACUCUCACCACCUUUACCUUUACCACCUCCACCUUUACCUUAG